GCCGCAGUCUAAAUUUCUCCAGUUACUUGAGCGGAUGCAGAAUCAAUCAACAAAUCGAGUUUUGGACCUGGUUUUUGACUUCUCGAUGAGGUCCGACAUCAGCAUAUAAAUAUAAUAGACGAACCCUUUAAAAAUUUAUAAAUUAAUUUAGCAAACAUAUGGCUAACCCUCAUCAUGGCACUACCCCUGAAUAUGCUCAUCCCUUGGGGAUCCAAAGCCACGCCGACCCAUACACACACUACACAGAAUACAGUCACAGCUAUACUGCCAAUGCUUAUAAUAACUACUACUACACAACAGCAAAUCCCGACGUACCAAGCACAUCUCAAACACCCGGCAUGAAUUCAAAAGGAGAAUAUAACUAUAACCACCUGCAGCCGUCGAAAGACACGGUUGGAAAUGGGAUACAAGUUCAAACUCGGUUAUUAGACAACGCUGAACUACAAAAUACCGCCGUCAUAAGAUUGCAGGAUCCUUUGCUAGCAAUAGCUUUCUUCGUUGGGGGAAUUCUAGCCGCAGUAGGCCACCAUUUAUAUUACGAGAGGCUGAAUGACACGCCUGUGACAUCUGAGGAUCUACAAGUAUGGUCGAUUAGAAUCGGGACUGGGCUCGCCCUCCUCACUAGAUGCGGGCUAGUCGCAGCGAUAGGGAUUGCUGCUGUCCAGCAGACCUGGCUAUCAUUGAGGAAAAGAGCUAUGUCGAUUGGUGGUAUUGAUAGCAUGUUCGAUAUCAUGGGAAACCCAUGGUCGUUCCUCAACAGAGACUUUUUGACACAUGCGAAACGACUUGCCGUUCUUGCUGCUAUCGCAUGGUUGCUUCCCAUCAUCACAAUCGUGACGCCGGCAACUUUGUCUGUCGAGUCGCGUACGAUUCACGAUAGUGUCACAACCAAGGUUCCGUUUUACAACUUCUCCAACACCGAUGGUUGGGGAACAUAUGGAGGCUUUGGAUUUAUUUCAGGGGUGGCGCCUGAAAUUGCUCGCUUGUUUACGAGGACUUAUAUAUCGAAUAGUCCCAUACCUCAGACACCCCCCUUUGCCAAUGCAUCCUACGACUUAAAUUUCUGGGCACCAUCUUAUAAAUGUUCGAACGCCAGCGAGAUUAUUAGGACGAGGAAUAAUCGUACUUGGGACCUUGUUUAUUAUAAUUAUACGAAUUUUGAAGAGGCCUUUAAUGCGGAAAUCGCCAAACCGAUAUCUACGGGUAAUUUUUCUAGCGGCGCGCCGCCAUUGAUCUAUAAAAGUACUGCUCCCAGCAGGAUGAAUAACAUGAUUCUCAUCGGCGCCAACGGUCGCAACGAGAAUUGGGGUAAUACCGAUCAUAACUAUCUGGUCUGCCAACUUUACAACACCUCAUAUAGCGUAACCAUGCGCUUCGAUAACGGAGUUCAGUCUAUACACGAGAAGUCCAUUACCCAUGUAAAUUCCCAAGAGUGGGAUGGUGAACGUGGGCGUUUCUCUGUGGUAUUGGCUAACGGCCUCUGUGCCCCUGAUCCUGCUGCAAAUAACGCUACGAUUUGUCCGACUUAUUAUAUGGUGCAAUACAUUUUCACACGCUUCCUAACUGGCCAGGUACGGAUUAAUGCGGGAGGGCAAUUGAUAUUUCAGUCAGAUGGCUUUGAGGGCAAUAUCGUUGAGGUUGGAGAAACUCCUUUUUUCCAGUCGGGCCUGAGGGACUGUCCCGAAAUCUGGAAUUCUACAGGCUACCAGAGUGCUUCUGGCGGUCCCCUCGCAUUCCAAUCGCUCAAUAGGUGUCCAGGAGGAACACUCGCAACAGCGAUCGAAAGCCUCUCCAGAAACUUUACGUACAGCCUCCUGACUUACAGCAACUGGCAAAAUUUUACGACCAAGGUACCGAUAACCGUAUCAAUGCCGAGGAACUUUUUUUAUUAUAACAGUGUUACUCUCGUUGCUACAUAUUCAACCGCCGUUGUGGUCACACUGCUCUGUAUAUGCGUGGGAUUCGCUGCAUUGUUAAGCAACGGCUAUACUAGCAGCACGGCAUUCUCCGCGGUGCUUCUGACGACUAGAAACCCUGAUCUCGAUAGGUUGUCUACGGGUAAUACUCUUGGAGCAAAGCCUCUACCAAAUCCUAUUCGCGAUACCAAGCUUCGUUUCGGUAUGUUGAGAACCGAAGGAUCGGAAUCACAGACUGGGUUUGGCCUGGAUGGUACUGUAACGCCGCUAGAGAAUAUGGCAUCAGUAAUAUUCCGAAAGAAAGGCGCUGAGAAAGCCGUUGAUUCGAGAGGAUAGGCAUAAUGGAAAAUAUAUUUAACUUCCUAAAAGUAGUAAUGAGAGACGAACGCUGAAUAAGCCCCCCUUAAUUAGAGUCUCUUUAAAGUUG